AUGUCUUCAGAUACUCCCAACUCGAACAACACCACAAACUACUCCUCCUCCAGCUACAACCAGAAGCCUCCUUCACCCCCGCCCGCCGACAUGCAGCACAACCGCCGUGGAUCCGUCACCUCCGCUGCCUUCGCCAACCUCUUCCAGCGGAGCAACUCCACCACCGCCGGAACCCCUGUGUUCCCAGGUGCCAUCACCUCUGCUGCCAUCAACGAGCAGCGCCGGAGACUCUCACUGUCCACAACCUCCCUCGGGCUGUCCGGCACCUCGCCCACUGGCAACCCUGCCUUCAACCGUCGAGCCAGCUUGUCCACAAACAACUCCGACUCGGUCGACGAGAAUGCCAUCGAGGAGGAGGACUACCCCUCCGCCUCCCGCACUGCCCCUGUCUCCCCGUUCACUCGUAGGAUGAGCUUUGGGGCACCGGCAGCCAUGCGUCGCCCUGGUGGCAGCCCCGGAACAGGCAAUGACCAGGGCUUCAACUGGUCGGAGCAGCUUAGGUCUCGUGCCGAAAGCACUGUCGCCUCGGGCCAGCGCCCUUCCUUCUCCUUCGCCUCGGGCAUGACCGGCUCUCCGCCUCGCACUGGCGUCGUCGCUCCCCCGAGCACCCAUGACCGUAACAGGUCUGUCUCUGAGAUGCCUGCUCCGCCGGCCCAGACACCCAAGCCUCGGUCCCCACCUCGGGACACCAGGCCCAAGCCCGACGCCUUCCAAGAGCGCAUCCUGAAGGGUGACUUCUACAUGGACUGA